GGAGCGCGCAGUGGCUGCGGCGCGCCGGGAAAUCUCGGUGCCGGGGCGGGGAAAAGCGGGGCCGAGCCGGGACCCUGCGAAGCUGAACGGCGACGACAACAACAACAAACAGGAGGACAAGGAGAAGAAGAAGGCGGCAGCAGCAGCCAUGGAUGCCAUUAUUUCAUACAAGGAAGUCCUCCAGAUGUACUGGGAGAAAGCAACGAGAUUUGUGAAUACCUUGUGUGAUGGACUUGAACCCUGGCAACUGAUUGGGCUGACUUUUUCUUUUACACUUCUAAGUGUCUGGCUGCAUGGCUUCCUCUUCCAGUCUGAGAGUUUAAUGUCUCGAAGUAAAAAACAGUUCUUCAAACUCCUGAGGAAGAUGCCAUUUGUUGGAGCCAUUAUUCAAAAGAAGAUUGAUGAGGCCUUGAAUGAUGUCACUUCCAGUUUAUCCUUCCUGAAAGAUGAAAAAGAUUAUAUCAAAGCACUGCCAGAACAAGGCCUGAGCCAGCCUGAAGUGCUGAAGAAGAUGAAAGAGUACAGCUCCAAAGGAGAUGUGCGCUGGCAGGAUGGCAAAGUCUCUGGGACUGUGUACAGUGGGGAAGAAAAGCUCACCCAUCUCCUAGUGAAGGUGUAUGAAGAGUUUGCCUGGAGUAAUCCUCUCCAUCCAGAUAUAUUCCCUGGCUUGAGAAAGAUGGAAGCAGAAGUGGUGAGGAUUGCCUGUACGCUCUUCCAUGGAGGCCCCAACUCUUGUGGUGCUAUGACAUCUGGAGGGACUGAGAGCAUCCUGAUGGCCUGCAAGGCCUACCGAGAUCUGGCUUAUGAGAGAGGCAUCAAACAACCAGAAAUAUUGGUCCCGGUGAGUGCCCACGCAGCCUUUGACAAGGCAGCACACUACUUUGGCCUCAAGCUGGUUCACAUACCAUUGACCAAGGCUAUGGAAGUGGAUGUUCAGGCAAUGAGGAGGGCCAUCUCCAGGAAUACAGCCAUGCUGGUCUGUUCUGCUCCCCAGUUCCCACAUGGAAUUAUGGACCCUGUUGAAGAGGUGGCAGAGCUUGCAGUGAAAUACAGAAUCCCCUUCCAUGUGGAUGCCUGCCUGGGUGGCUUCCUCAUCGCUUUCAUGGACAAGGCAGGGUUCCCUCUGAAGCGUCCCUUUGACUUCCGUGUGAAAGGUGUCACCAGCAUUUCUGCUGACACCCACAAGUAUGGCUAUGCUCCCAAGGGCUCCUCUGUGGUGCUGUACAGCGACAAGAAGUACAGGAGCUACCAGUUCUUCAUAGCACCUGACUGGCAAGGGGGCAUAUAUGCCUCCCCCUCCGUGGCAGGCUCCAGACCUGGUGGGAUCAUAGCUGCUUGCUGGGCAACCCUGAUGCACAUAGGAGAGUCAGGCUACGUGGAGGCUACCAAGAGGAUCAUUAAGACCACUCGAUUCCUUGAAUCAGAAUUGAGGAAGAUUGAGAGCAUCUUCAUCUUGGGCAAGCCUGAGGUGUCUGUUCUCUCCAUCGGCUCGGACACUUUCGACAUCUAUCGGUUAUCUAACUUCUUAGCUGCUAAAGGAUGGAACUUAAACGUUCUGCAGUUCCCAUCAAGCAUUCACCUCUGCAUCACGCAGCUGCACACCCAGCCUGGUGUUGCCGAGCGCUUCCUGCAGGACGUCAAGGACAGCAUCGCGGAUAUCAUGAAGGACCUCAACGCCAAGACCACAGGCAUGGGAGCUAUCUAUGGAAUGGCCCAGUCCGUCCCAGACAGGAGCUUGGUAGCAGAGAUCUCUCAGGCCUACCUGGAUGGCCUCUACAGCACAGAAGUUCUUGGCAGUGAAAAGCACAUGAAUGGCUCUCCUGACCACCACUGACUGCUGUGCAACAACCAGGUGCCUUGGGGUGCUCCUGGAGGUUUCCUGGAGAGGCAGAGAUUUUAGUAAGCCUUUGUUCCUACAACUGGCAGGUCUGAUGGCAGCUUGAUCUUGAAAACUUGCUUCUCUGUCUCAGCCUGUUCUGAACUCCAUGUUGUUUUCAUGCCCAACUUGAGUUUUGGGGCUUUUCUUCCCUUCCCUCUGCUUUAUUUUCCUGAUGACUGUUGAUGGUGAAUCAAAUGUCCAUUCCACAGCUCCAGACUCCUCAGGUAUUCUGCGUGUCACUUCCUCCCUUGCAGUUUCUUCUCCUCGGACCUGGUUUAUUCAGCUGGUGUCCAGCCAAGUCUUAGAUUUGAGUUCUCACAUUGUGAUCCAAAGCUUCAACCUUCCCAAAAAAUUGGAGGUGGAAAACAAAUUCAAUGCUUUUUUGUUUGUUUUUUUUCUUUGGGGUAUUCCUCCAAAGUGCUGCAAUUAACAGACUGUGGGAGCCUCAUACCCAUGCAGUGCAGAGCCAGUCAAAUGGCAAAGGAAGGAUGUUGGUGUGUGCCCUUUGAAAUCCUCACUGGAGAUCUCAGCAUGACUGCAAUCAUCUUUUGAGGGAGAAAGGGGGUAAAAAACCCCAAACCAACAGACAAAACCCUUUUCUGGAACCUUUUUUGGGUCUGAACGACAGCAGAAAUAGAAACCAAGCCAGGUGGUGUAGCGAGAGGAACUGGAUGGUACUGAGAAUCCUAGGUACGUAGUCAGUGUUUUGCUUGCCUACCCCUUCUAGAAGACAUGCAUUCAUCACCCUCAGUGCUUUCCUUCUACCCUGCAUCCUUCUGGAGGUGCAGGGAAAAAAAGCUGAACUCCCUCUUUGCAACUUGAAGGUUUUUGCACUGUCUCUCAAUGCUGUCACAGAGCCAGCCAGGCCCUAGCCUGUGCCACCAGCAGGGACUUGGCUCAAGAGCCGCCGGCACCAAAGCUGACUUUGGUUUGUUGUUGUUUUGUUUGUUUUUGACCACUGUCUUUUUAGUAUAUAAAAAGAUGAGGGGGUGAAAAAACCAAACCAACAGACAAAACCCUUUUCUGGAACCGUUUUUGGGUCUGAACAACAGCAGAAAUAGAAACCAAGCCAGGUGGUGUAGCGAGAGGCACUGGAUGGUACUGAGAAUCCUAGGUACGUAGUUAGUGUUUUGCUUGCCUACCCCUUCUAGAAGACAUGUAUUCAUCACCCUCAGUGCUUUCCUUCUACCCUGCAUCCUUCUGGAGGUGCAGGGAAGAAAAGCUGAACUCCCUCUUUGCAACUUGAAGGUUUUUGCACUGUCUCUCAAUGCUGUCACAGAGUUAGCCAGGCCCUGGCCUGUUUCACCAGCAGGGAGCGGCCAGCAGCAAAGCUGACUUUUGUUUGUUGUUGGUUUGUUGUUUGUUUGUUUGUGUUUUGACCACGGUCUUUUUAGCAUAUACAAAGGUGACUUUUAUACCAGUCGUAAGCUCUGCUCUUUGCACUGAUUCUUUGUAAGGCACAUUCUCAAAAGGGCAUUCACCACUGUGCCUUGAUGCUUCUCUGGCUGUUGAUACUUUUGUUUUGUGGGAUGCCAGGGAGGACUGGAAGGUUCAGCUGUUGACUGCAGGCUUUGCUGUGGUCGUUUCCUUAUGGUACUAUAACAAAGGAACCAACCUCAAAGACAGACUAACAGCCUGUGAGGUGGAGGCGGAGUCCUAUGAGCCACCUCCCUUUGCAGCGUUACAAAGAUGCUGGUGGAGAUCCUGAGAGGUGGACGAAUGAUAGCAUGCAGCAGAGCUGGAGGUGCUCAAGCCUUGGGCGUGGAGCUCAGGCUCUGCUGUUUUUAUGGUGAGAGAAUUUGCCCAGAGCUACUUGUGAGGCAGUUGUGGCCUUAAGGACAGAUCUCUGCAGUGGAGUCACUGCUGCAAGUCUUCUGUUUCCUCUCAGCUUUUUGCCUGCUAUCAGGAGUUUCCGAGGCAGAGUUCAACACUCAGGAGAAGACUUCAUGCCAUAGCUACAGAGCCUUGUGCAGGAUACCCAGAGGCAUCUCUCUCUGCUGUGGUGGACUUGUUAGCCCGAGGUCGACCUUCGAUGGGCAGUUAAGCAGCACGGUAUUCAGACUGAGUGAGGCCACCUGCCAGCCACUGUGCAAACCAGUGCACCCUUCAGCCCAGUGACUGUGGGAGAGAUGCUUCCUUCCUAACAGGUUUCUUCUCAGUGCUAGGAGACAUUUUGGCCACCUCUCCUUAAGUUGAUGGCUUCAUGCACGUCUCUGAGCCCUUUGGAAACCAUUUGGCAUUUGAAUUUGCUUGGUAGUCUCUUGAUGGGUGUUAAGCAGGACCUCUUUAUUCUGUUAACGUCUUCCCAGUGUGACCAAUGCUGCAUCUCAUGAGUUUGCUUUAUUUUUGGAGACAGUCUUAAGUGUCUAGCUACUGUGAGAGUUCUCUUUUGAACCCUGGUUUAACACAAACAAAACACACACAAAAAAGGGAGGUACUCUUCUUGGUUCUGCUUCAAAAGAAAGAGGAGAUGGAUCGGGGUGAGGGUGAAGUGAGAGAGAAACUCCCUCCUCUGCCCUGCUUGCCGCCUCCUCCCAGGAAGCAGGUGGAUUUCACAGCUCAGUGCUCCAUUUCACAUGGUUUGGAUGUAUUUGAAGAUGUUUAUUUGUCGAUGUAUUCCCUUCUGGGCUUCACUCCUGCGGGUUUCAUUGUUUUCUGAGUCUUUGUUCUGUACUGUAAAUGUAAUCUCCUGGUCUAAGUCUAGGCCACCGUAAUUUCUUUUUCUUGGGGUGUAGUUUCUUUCAUCCUUCUCAUCUGCAUCUCCUUCAUGCCAAACGACCUGAGACAGACAGUGUGAACAACAGGCUGGGCCAGAAGACCCCAAAAAAAAGAGGAGAAUUGGAUGGACUUGGCUUCUGAUCUGGAACUGGAAGGUACUUUAAACCCUGAAGGAUCUCAGUGACUAUUAAUUCCUGCAAGAUUUCUGGCUGUCAGGUUUUGCCAAGCCUGACACUGAACUGGUUGCUUGUACAAAGCACUCCCAAGGGAUUCACCUUGCUCUUAGGUACUCGACUGAAGACUAUCCAAUGGGGUGGACCAAGAAGAGAUGUGUGUCUUCGUGCCCUGGAUUUCAUCCUGCACUUUUCAGAUGACUUGGGGGAGCAGAAGGGUUGCUUACACCACAAUAAUACUGUGCCCAACAAAUCCACAUUGACUCUAAUGAACAAACAGCACAAGUCCAUCUGAUGGCAGCAUUCUGUACUGCUCUAAUUUGCCACUGCUGGAGCCUGAAGGGAUGGUGAAAAUGGGCCUCAUUUGUAUUAAAAUGGUGCAUUUAGCUA